AUGUUAUGGGUUCAUCAUCACCAGCAUCAUCAUCAUUAUCCUCCAUUCGAAAAUGAAGAUGAUGGCGACGACGACGUUGAGUAUCAUGUUCAUGUCCAUGAUGAUGAUGAUGAUGGAUCAAUUGAGUAUCAUUUCAGCUAUUUGAAAUCCCAUCAGAAUUUUCUCAAAAUGCCAAAAGACAGUGAUGUUGAAAUGAUUGAAGAGAAUGCUAGUGGUUCGGGUAUGGCUUCUCUUAAGCAGCAACGUAGCUCUAUAAAAAAGAACAUUUCAAAUAUUCAAAAGAAAAUUGAGAAAGAGGGCUCGAAAAUGGAUUCGACCAUUUUAGAAUGCCGACUUGAAAUUUUGGAAUCCUAUUUUAAACAAUUAUGCCAAGUGCAAAGCCAAAUUGAAUCAAUAAAUCCAAACGAUAAUUCAAGAAUGGAACUAGAAGAAGCAUUUAUUGUGGCAAAGGCAAAAAUAAUGAAAUUAUUAAAUAAAAAUCGUGGCUUUGUGUCAGUUGAUAAUAGUUUAAUGAAUGCUUCUAUGGCUUGUGGUUCUAGUUCUCGAUUGCCCUCACUAAAGUUGCCCAAAUUCGAUGGAAAAUACAGUGAAUACAAAAGAUUCAUUACAGCAUUUAACAACAUGGUGCAUGAAAAUCCAUCAAUAAAUAUUAUUGAGAAAUUUAAUUAUUUGUUGAACUGUCUCUCUGGUGCAGCAUUAGCCGUUGUGGAACCAUAUCAAAUCUGUGAAGAAAAUUAUGAAAAGGCAUUAGACAGACUGCAAGAACGAUAUGACAACAAAGUCUUAAUAUUUCUGGAACAUAUCGAGUCCUUGUUUAACGUUCCAAAAAUGCAAAAAAGUGACAGUGUCUCAUUGCGUCAUCUUAUUGAUACAGUUUCUGCAGUUCGUGGCUCAUUGUUGUCGCUCGGUACAGAAGCAGAUGUAAUGAAUGCAAUUUUGGUUCAUAUGGUUUUAUCAAAAGUAGACGGUGAUACAAAAGAGAAUUAUGAUGAGAAACAAGACUUUAAAUCGUUGCCCUCUUGGGAUUUGUGUUAUGAACUUUUAAGUCGUCGUUGCCAAUUUCUCGAAAGCCAUCGAAAAAGAACUGAAGUGUCUGACAGAGUUGUUGCUCAAAAACCCAAACAAAAUCCUAAAUUCAAUCGGUCUGCUCAUACUUUCGUCAACUCAAAUUCGAUUUGUUCGUAUUGUAGCUCAAGUGAACAUAACAUUUCAAAUUGUUCGUCAUUCGCAAAUAUCGUCGUUUCGGAACGUUUUAAUUUCGUAAAACGUAGUGGACAUUGUAUUAACUGCCUUAGAAAAGGUCAUAUGGUAUCGAAGUGUCCCUCAAAAUCUCGAUGCAGAGUUUGUGAUUCUGCACAUCACACGCUGCUUCAUAUAUUUAGUAGCCCAGAACAACCAAGUACCUCAACAUCGAACAUUAAUUCGUCGCAGAUAUCAACCAGCUCAAAUCCAGUUUCUCUCGUUGCUCGUUCAUUUAAAAGAGCGAUAAUUCCGACUGCUGUAAUUCUGAUGAAGGACAACUGUGGCUCAUUUCAAACGGUAAGAGCAUUGCUCGAUUCAUGUUCUGAACUAAAUUUUAUUUCUGAGGAAACCGCUAAGAGGCUGAAACUAAAAUUUAGACCGUUUUCUCAAGAAAUCUCUGGAAUUGGAGAAGUUCGAACAGCAAUAAAGUUUUCUGUAGAAACUACAAUAAAAUCGAGAAGUAGCUCAUUUGAAUGGUCCUCAUGUUUUGCUGUUACCAAAAGUAUUUCGUCUCGUCAACCUGGUGAAUUGAUGAACACAUCACAAUGGAAGAUUCCCCAAAACAUAGAAUUAGCAGAUCCGCUUUUCUACAAGCCACAACGUAUCGACGUUCUUCUUAGUGCUGAAGUAUUUUUUGAUUUGCUGUUAGAUGGUAGAAUUUCAUUGGGAAAUGGAUUGCCGUGUCUCACGAAUACAGUUUUUGGUUGGAUAGUUGGAGGUUCGUCGCCCAGUCGUCCAAACUCAACUUCAUUAACAUGUAACUUAACCGUAAGUACACAUGAAGAAAAAAUUGAUGAAAUAUUGAAACGUUUUUGGGAAGUUGAGGAGUAUUCCAAGUCACCCAACCCAUAUACAGAAGAAGAACAAGCAUGUGAAGAUCAUUUUGUCAAAAAUAGUGGUUUUGACUCUGAGGGAAGAGUACAAGUUCGACUUCCAUUUAAGAAAUCUCCUAAAUGUCUUGGUAACUCAUUUGAAAUGGCUCGUAGACGUUUUUUAUCGCUGGAAAGACGACUUGAACGUGACUCUACUUUGAAAUCGAUGUAUGUAGAAUUUAUGGAAGAAUAUGUGUCUCUUGGCCAUAUGUCACCCUACACCCAAUCGUUGAAUGAUUCGCACUAUAUUAUACCUCAUCAUUGUGUUCUCAAGCCCCAAAGUGCUACUACAAAAAUUCGUGUCGUAUUUGAUGCAUCAGCUCGUAGCUCGUCGAAUCAUUCCUUGAAUGAUAUAUUGAUGGUCGGUCCAACAAUUCAGCAGGAUCUGAUCACCACACUUUUCUCGUUUCGAUUGCACAAAUACGCUCUCACUGCAGAUAUUUCAAAAAUGUAUCGGCAGUUUCGCAUAGAUGAAAGAGAUAGAAGAUAUCAACUCGUAUUGUGGAGAAGUAACAAAAAUGAUGAACUCAAGGUAUUCAAAUUGAACACAGUAACUUAUGGCUUAUCGGCCGCCCCAUUUUUGGCAAUUCGUAGUUUGUUUCUCAUUGCAGAUAAAUACAAAGAUUCUUAUCCCCAUGGUUCGGAGGUCUUACGACAAGAUCUUUACGUCGAUGACGUACUUACAGGCGCCGAUAGCAUUGAGACUCUGGCUCUUAAAAGAGACGAGUUGAUCCAAAUAUUGAAAUGGCAUGGUAUAGAAUUGGCAAAGUGGAAUAGCAACCAUGCGUCGCUCACUUCGAAUGAUGUUGAAGAAAUCAUCAUAAAAACAUCGGAUAACGACAUAACUAAAACAUUAGGUAUGUCCUGGAAACCUCAGCAAGAUGUUUUCCUUUAUAGAUUCGAGUUGCCCGAUGUCACAAAUCCAACUAAAAGAUCAAUUUUGUCGAUCGUAUCCAAAAUCUACGAUUUGCUUGGAAUUUUGAGCCCAAUCGUUAUUCGUUGCAAAAUUCUUCUUCAAGAAUUAUGGGUUCAAAAUAUUGGAUGGGAUGAUCCUCUAAACGAUCAUCUCAAGGCUUUGUGGCUCCAAAUCAAAGAAGAUUUAUCGUACAUCCAUCAAGUAGAAGUCCCAAGAUAUGUACUUACGUUGUCCAAUCGACAUGGCGAAAUACAUGGUUUCGCAGAUGCUUCUCAACGUGCAUAUGGUUGUUGUAUUUAUUAUCGUGUCUCAGAAAAUGGUAUGUACAAAACCACAUUACUGAUUGCAAAAUCAAAAGUAGCUCCUAUCAAAGCCCAAUCUCUACCUCGUCUCGAAUUGUGUGCUGCAGUGUUACUCAGUAAAACGUGGCUCAAAAUCAAGUCUAAAAUUGAAAAUUUCGUCUCAUCGUUGUACUUUUGGACUGAUUCGAAAAUAGUACUACAAUGGCUCAAAAUGCAUUCGUCAACUUUGAAUUGUUUCGUGGCAAAUCGUGUCUCUGAACUCCAAGAAGAAACUCGAAACAUCAUUUGGAGACAUGUCCCAACGAAAAGUAACCCAGCUGAUAUCGUAUCUCGUGGUUGUUGUGCUCAAGAAUUGUCGAAUACCAUCUGGUUUCGUGGCCCAUCGUUUCUCGAAGAAGAUGUCUCAAAUUGGCCAGGUACUGAAGACGAGAUGACAAUUGAAGUCCCAGAACGCAGAAAAGCCGCUGUCUUUAAAAACACAGCCUGUGAAAACAAUGUCAUUAAUGACAUUCUGGAUAAGCAAUCUUCAUAUUACAAAUUUAUUCGAAUAAUCGCUUAUGUUUUUCGUAUUUUCAACAGGUGUCCCAUAAGUCGUUCUUUGAAAGUCAAAGAUGUUGUCCACAUAGCUCCUAAGGAACUUGAAGACACCUUUUGGAAGGUCAUCUCACUGGUCCAGCGGUCAUGUUACUCAUCGGACAUACAAGCAAUCGAAAGUGGAACCGUAGCUCAUCCAUCUCUGCAAAAAUUAACACCAUUUUUGCACAAAAUGAAAGUGGGAAAUGAGGAGAUUAAUAUUCUUCGAGUUGGCGGACGUUUAACAAAUGCUCCGAUUCCAUAUGAUGCAAGAUUUCCUGCCCUGUUGCCCAAAGACCAUCGAUUCGUCAAGCUGUUUGUAGAGCAUUUGCAUCGAAUUCAUUUGCACGCCGGUCCAAAGGUGUUGUUGGGCAUUUUACGCCAGAAAAUCUGGAUAAUCAAUGCCAGAGAAGUAGUUCGGAAGAUUGUUCGAAAUUGCGUGCAUUGUUUUCACUAUAAACCAAAAUUGUUGGGGCAAAUAAUGGGAAAUUUGCCAGUUGAUCGUCUUCGAGCUCAACGUCCAUUCUUGGUAACUGGAGUUGACUUUUGUGGCCCUUUCAUGACGUCAUACAGGAUUCGAGGGAAGUCACCCUACAAAACCUACAUCGCAGUUUUCGUUUGCUUCAGUUCCAAAGCUACCCAUUUAGAACUCGUAUCGGAUUUGUCAGCAAACAACUUUAUAUUGUGUCUCAAACGAUUCGUGGGAAGACGUGGAAUUCCCCAGAAGCUUUUUUGUGACAACGCAACUAAUUUCGUAGGAGCCUGUAACAAACUAAAAGAGCUCAAAGAAUCAUUUUUCAAUGAUGAAGUUGUCCAAAAAAUGAAAUCGAUUUGUUGCCAAAUGGGUCUAGAAUUCAAUUUCAUACCCCCGCGCGCCCCACACUUCGGUGGAUUGUGGGAGGCAGCGGUAAAAUCCACAAAAACGUUGCUCAACAAGAACAUAACGGAGUCGUACCUUACUUUCGAAGAGUUGCAGACACUGGUAAUCGAAAUAGAAGCAAUAUUGAACUCUCGUCCAAUUGCUCCCAUGUCAGACGAUCCCAACGACGGCGAGGCGUUGACACCAGGUCAUCUCCUUAUUGGUUCAUCUCUGGUGGCAAUACCUGAGCAACAUCUUGAUGUUACCAAACCCUCGUUGCUAAAUAGAUGGCAACGUAUUUCGUACCUGAAACAACAGUUUUGGCAAAUGUGGUCCAGGGAUUACCUUCUGUCUCUCCAGCAAAGGUCAAAGUGGUUCACCGAUGAGAAGAAUGUCAAUGAAGGACAAUUGGUCAUCAUACACGAGGACAACACACCCCCUCAGCAGUGGCUCUUGGCGAGAAUUACAAAAACAAUACCAGGUCGUGAUGGAAAGGUCCGAGUGGUCGAAUUGAAAACUAAAAAUGGAAUAUCGUGUCGCCCGAUCCAUAAAAUAGCCCCUUUACCAAGCCCAGAAGAUGUUUGA